AUGGCAGUAUCCUCCCCGCCGCCUCCUCGCUUCCACCUCUCCCUCGGCCUUCAAGACCCUACCCGGAACCCCUCGCCUGGCGGCAAAAAGACACGCCCCGCCCCGACAACCGAGACGCUCCGCCGCCGCCUCCUCCGCCGGGGCGUCUCCCCGACCCCCAAGAUCCUCCACACCCUCCGCAAGAAGGAGGCGCUCAAGGCCCUCCGCCGCGCAAGGAAGGACACCGCCGCAGCCGCUGCUGCAUCACUCAAACCGUGCGACGAGGAGAUUGGGGCGGAGGACGAGGAGGAGACCCGCUUCCGUGCGGCCGCCGCGGAGUACCGCGCGCUCGUGGGGCGGCCCUGGGAGGCUGGGACGCCGGCGCCCGCGGCGUGCCUCCCCCGCGCGGUUGGGACGCGGAGGAGGGCGGGCUCGAGGGCCUGA